CUUGUUCUUUUCACUUUCGAGGAACGUUUGAACGCACUAUAGCAGCAGAUCUGCCACCUUGCUUUUAUACUAUCUCCGACGUCUUGCGUUACCCACAUCUCAGCCUUGCACGCUCAGUGUACCACCAACAAUGGUCAAUGCGGUCUUACGUGUAGAGAAGGCCGAUUUCAACCCAUCAGAUAAGCAGGCCGUGUACGAAAGACAUGCUCUUGACGCACAUACGAAGACUAUACGCGUUCUUGACGUGCGACCGAUCCCCCAAGAUGCCACCGAAGGCACACCGGUCGAAUGCACUCUACGCAUCAUCAAUCUCGACGCUGACCCCGCGUUCACAGCACUAUCAUACGUAUGGGGCGACCCAACUCCUACCCGCAACCUUGUGUGCGAUGGCGUUAUCUUUGGCGUUGGCGAGAAUUGUUACUCAGCCUUGUGGCACCUAAGUAGGAAGCUCCAAGGCAUGACCAUAUGGGUAGACGCGAUAUGCAUCGAUCAAGAAGACGUAAGAAAGGAGAAAUCGUGGCAACUUCCUCUCAUGGGAGAUAUCUAUACAAAGGCUGAGCAAGUCUAUGUGUGGCUGGGAGAGGGUGAUGAAAGAUCCGACCGCGUCAUGAGAUAUCUGGCGAAGGGCGGGCUGAAGAGAUAUGUCAAAGUUGUUCCGGAUGGACCGCCGCAGUAUCGACCCUUUAUUGCGGCGCUUCGUCUUGGUCUUUCCUCUUGGAGUCUCACGCACCACCCGGAACCGUUUUGGGGGUUAGAUCUCGUCUACGUUUUCGACCGGCCAUGGAAGAAUCGACUGUGGACUUAUCAAGAGAUCCUGCUAGCUUCCUACCCAGUGAUUGUGUGUGGAAGUGAACACGUCCAGUGGUCUGAUUUCGAGUGGACACUUCUCUCGCUCAGAACAUCGUUUCGAUACUUUCCAAGAGCCGCUAUCGCAUGGGAGGCAAUCGUGUUUGACAGGGGGAACCUACAAUCGAUUAAUCGACCGGCGGAACGUAGCGUACUCCAUACUCUUCACGAGCAUGAGACGAUCGUUAAGAAAAUCCUCUCAACACGAAGAUGGUUGCUGAGUACAUUUUCUGGUAUACUCCUGGCAUUCACUAUGAUAUCUCUCUUACUCGGUGUCGUGUCUAUCUGCGCUCGGAAGUAUUCUAGGUGGGGGGUAAGUUUUCAACUUGAGGGCACGACUGAGAAUUUGUUCAUGUUCAUCGGUUGUUUCGCGACUGUAUAUUGUCUCAUGUUCUUCUGGUUCGCGGUACGCCCCACGUAUCAAAGCUAUCGAGGCGAUAUCAAGGAGACUGCGUCCGACGACUUAGUAGGUGCGCUGUACCAGAGAGCAGCUACUGAUCCAAGGGACAUGGCAUACGGUAUCUGGGCCAUCUUACGCAAGCGUGGAGCAAGCGAUCUUUCUGCGCCGAAAUAUGAUGUCGCGAAGGAGAGACAGAUCCCUUUGCUCUAUCGUCAGCUCACUGUUCAUCUGAUCCAAACGACUGGCAAUCUACGGUUCCUCCAUAUCGCUGCUGCGCGACGGCUACCAGGAACUCCAUCGUGGAUCCCUGAUUGGUCUACCUUCAAUAGCAACACUUGGCGGGAAGUGCCAGGGUUCCCAGGAACCGAUCUUCACGGAAUGGCUGUAAGCUAUCCGCCAGAUUCAGAAUACCGACUCAGUAAGCACCGCGCUCAUCAGAUUGUAUCCCUAGACUCUACUCAAAGCAUCCUGACGGUGCUUGCUAAGGAAACUGGUGUUAUUUGCGGUUGCAUCUCUUUUUACCCGAUAACGGCUACAGCGUUAGAGACGGACGAAAAACGCGCCCACUUGGACAAUCUUCGAAGCAUGCUUCGAUGGGCAGACUGGGCGCGAACUAUAGGCUGCAAGAUCUGGGCUGUCUUUUAUACGAAGCCAUUCCAUGAACUUUUGCCUAUUAGCGCGGGAGCUACUUGGCCAAGUCCCAGAGAUCGAACCAACUGGGGUAAAACUCUUUCCGGGUCGAGAAGAGAAAGUCUGGAGGCAAACCUUACUCUCUGGAUGAAUGGCAACAAGGUUCCGAGAUGGUUUCGCAAGUUUAUGGCAACUCAGAUCUGCCUGUGUACCCUGGUUAAUGAGCUUAGGCGAAGCAUUUGCUACGUAAGCAUCUCUGCCAGACCCGGGACGUUCUGCCUACUCGCUUGCUCAGAUGAGACAAGGGUCCAUGAUCGAACUCUGACGGUAUGUGGAUUGCCGGGUAGCAUAGUCGUGCGCAAGCGCAAUGAGCUGGAUAACGCGGUCGAGAUCAUCAGUCCUACUUUCAUGCAAGGUGCAGCUACGGUUGGCAACCAGGGUAUUAACCAUUUCGGCGACACUGUAAUCGAGAACCUUUUUGUUGAGUAUCAUUUUCAUUGAGGAAGAUCAGCCUGGGCUCUGAUGGAGAAACACUACAAUAGACCUGCUAGCUUUGAAAACAAUUUAGCGCUCAUUUUCACCUACCUAUAUAGACCUUCGGUAUUGUGGGGGCGCGACGCCUCGUGAAUGUAUACCCGCCUGACGAAAGGUCCUGCUAUACCAUAUAAUCAUAGCGUAGGAGUCAAGAGAGUUAUGAGCAGAACGAGAUGUCGGGAAGUCGUCUUUUGAAACGUUCAAGUCGGGUGUGCAGAGAGGGUCUGGGUUGAACACAGCCGAUGGCGGCCAGUGUAUAUACCACGAGUGCCGCCGCCGCUAACAUUCUCGCCGAAUAAAAGAUUUGGUCUGACAACAUCAUGCAUCACCCAGAA